CGGAGUAAUUUUCUUUGAAUGCAAACCCUAGAUAAUUCAUCUUUCAGAAUCUCAUAAUAAAUUUCCCUGAGGAACUCCUAGAUUUUCUCACCAACCUUUCACUUUUCCAAGAUAAAGAUUCAGUUGACCCCAGUAUCCCGAUUUUACAUACAGAUCCUAGAUCUACAAAUCCCAUUUCGUUUAAUUUGAUAUCCCGGACUUAGAUUCUGGAACAUAUCUCAUAAUUUCAAUACAUUGGUGAUUCACCUAUCUUGACUUGCGUAUGGGUAAGAUUCUGCGAGAAACCUCGAGGCCGUCCUCUAAUUCUUGGUCCACAUCACCUUCUUCUGCUCCUGCAACGACGUCGUCGACCUCGAUCACCGAUACCGUUAGGGGUUCGCACCGAUUCAAGAUCACGGGGUAUUCUUUGUCGAAAGGGAUUGGGAUUGGGAAAUACAUAGCAUCGGACAUUUUCUCGGUCGGAGGGUACGAUUGGGCGAUCUAUUUUUACCCGGACGGGAAGAGCGUGGAGGACAAUGCUACGCAUGUAUCACUCUUCAUCGCGCUUGCUAGCGAAGGCACCGACGUUAGGGCUCUUUUCGAGCUGACCCUUUUAGAUCAGAGUGGGAAGGAGAGGCAUAAGGUGCAUAGUCAUUUCGAGAGGACCCUCGAGAGUGGACCGUACACGUUGAAAUACCGUGGUAGCAUGUGGGGUUACAAGCGGUUUUUUAAGAGAACAGCACUAGAGACAUCAGACUACCUUAAAGAUGAUUGCCUUAGUGUUCAUUGUAGUGUCGGUGUUGUAAAGUCACACACGGAGGGCCCUAAAAUUUAUUCAAUCGCGAUACUGCCUUCUAACAUUGGUCAGCAAUUUGGGAAGCUCCUGGAAAGUGGAAAAGGAAGUGAUGUGAGUUUUGAAGUAAAUGGAGAAAUUUUUGCUGCUCAUAAGUUGGUACUAGCUGCUCGCUCACCUGUUUUCAGAGCUCAACUUUUUGGUCCUAUGAAAGAUCAGAAUACCCGGUGUAUAAAUGUUGAAGACAUGGAAGCUCCAGUUUUCAAGGCGUUGCUUCAUGUUAUUUAUUGGGACUCACUACCUGACAUGCAAGAGCUUACUGGGUUGAACUCAACAUGGGCAACUACCUUGAUGGCUCAGCAUCUGCUAGCAGCAGCUGAUCGGUAUGGCUUAGAGAGGCUUAGGCUGAUGUGUGAAGCAAGUCUCUGUGAAGAUGUUGCUAUAAACACUGUGGCUACGACUUUAGCAUUGGCAGAGCAGCACCAUUGUUUCCAGCUGAAAGCAGUCUGUCUGAAAUUUAUUGCAAGGCCUGAAAAUCUCAGAGCUGUGAUGCAGACUGAUGGUUUUGAGUACUUGAAAGAAAGUUGCCCAUCUGUUCUGACUGAGCUAUUGGAGUACGUGGCUAGAUUUACUGAGCAUUCGGACUUCAUGUACAAGCAUAGGAAUGAAGCAAUACUUGAUGGCAGCGACAUAAAUGGAAGGCGUGUGAAGCAAAGGCUAUAGUGUGCACACUGAAUAGCUCUCUGUACAACCCUCUUUCCUCCCUCUUCACUCGCCUUUAAAAAUUACAGUCAGCGCCAUAGAUAGAGGGGGACGAUAAGCAUUUAUAGGCUUAGAGGCAAUUCUAAAUUUUCUUAGCUUAUUUCAUUCAUGUCUAGGAGAUGUAAAUGUAGUUUGUUUCGGUGCUGUUGCAGGUCUGUCUCACCUAGGUUUCUGUAAUAUACUUUUUCUCUUUACUCGGAAAACAUUUGUCUGAAAUGAAAGUAUUGAU